UAACCACUUAGUCGCUGCCGUUCGGUUUCUAUCUCUGGGAGGGCGGCUGAGGCGGCGGCGGUGGGGACGCCGACUGAGGAGCGCUGAGGCGUGAGCUGUGGCGGCGCUGGGCGCCCCUCGCUCCUCGGCCUCUGGGGGCCAUGGGCUCCGAGAAAGACUCCGAGUCGCCGCGGUCUACAUCCCUACACGCGGCUGCGCCCGACCCCAAGUGCCGCAGCGGCGGCCGGCGCCGGCGCCUCACCUUCCACAGCGUCUUCUCCGCCUCGGCCCGCGGUCGCCACGCCCGGGCCAAGCCGCAGGCCGAGCCGCCACCCCCGGCCGCGCCGCCGCCGCCCGCCCCGGCCCCUGCCGCGGCCCAGGCCCCGCCGCCUGAGGCGCUGCCCGCCGAGCCGGCCGCCGAGGCCGAGGCGGAGGCCGCGGCGACGGCGGGGCCCGGGUUAGACGAUGAGGAGGCGGCGGAGGGCGGCGGCUCGGGCCCGGAGGAGGUGGAGUGUCCUCUGUGCCUGGUGCGGCUGCCGCCCGAGCGGGCCCCGCGCCUCCUCAGUUGUCCGCACCGCUCGUGCCGGGACUGCCUCCGCCACUACCUGCGCCUGGAGAUCAGCGAGAGCCGGGUCCCCAUCAGCUGCCCCGAGUGCAGCGAGCGACUGAACCCGCACGACAUCCGCCUGCUGCUCGCCGACCCACCGCUCAUGCACAAGUACGAGGAGUUCAUGCUGCGCCGCUACCUGGCCUCGGACCCCGACUGUCGCUGGUGCCCGGCCCCGGACUGCGGGUAUGCUGUUAUUGCCUAUGGCUGUGCCAGCUGCCCAAAGCUGACCUGUGAGAGGGAAGGCUGCCAGACUGAGUUCUGUUACCACUGCAAGCAAAUAUGGCAUCCAAAUCAGACAUGCGAUAUGGCCCGUCAGCAGAGGGCGCAGACAUUGCGAGUUCGGACCAAGCACACUUCAGGUCUCAGUUAUGGGCAAGAAUCUGGACCAGCAGAUGACAUCAAGCCAUGCCCACGAUGCAGUGCUUACAUUAUCAAGAUGAAUGAUGGAAGCUGUAAUCAUAUGACCUGUGCAGUGUGUGGCUGUGAAUUCUGUUGGCUUUGUAUGAAGGAGAUCUCAGACUUGCAUUACCUCAGCCCCUCUGGCUGUACAUUCUGGGGCAAGAAACCAUGGAGCCGUAAGAAGAAAAUUCUUUGGCAGCUGGGCACAUUGAUUGGUGCUCCGGUGGGGAUAUCCCUCAUUGCUGGCAUUGCCAUUCCUGCCAUGGUCAUUGGCAUUCCUGUUUAUGUUGGCAGGAAGAUUCAUAGCAGGUAUGAGGGAAGGAAAACCUCCAAACAUAAGAGGAAUUUGGCUAUCACAGGAGGAGUGACUCUGUCGGUCAUUGCAUCCCCAGUUAUUGCUGCAGUUAGUGUUGGUAUUGGUGUCCCUAUUAUGCUGGCUUAUGUUUAUGGGGUUGUGCCCAUUUCUCUCUGUCGUGGAGGUGGCUGUGGAGUUAGUACGGCCAAUGGAAAGGGAGUGAAAAUUGAGUUUGAUGAAGAUGAUGGCCCAAUCACAGUGGCAGAUGCCUGGCGAGCCCUCAAGAAUCCCAGCAUUGGGGAAAGUAGCAUUGAAGGUCUAACUAGCGUAUUGAGCACCAGUGGAAGCCCUACAGAUGGACUCAGUGUUAUGCAAGGUCCAUACAGCGAAACAGCCAGCUUUGCAGCCCUCUCAGGGGGCACACUGAGUGGUGGCAUUCUUUCCAGUGGCAAGGGAAAGUACAGCAGGUUAGAAGUCCAAGCCGAUGUCCAAAAGGAAAUUUUCCCCAAAGACACAGCCAGUCUUGGUGCAAUUAGUGACAACGCAAGCACUCGUGCUAUGGCCGGUUCCAUAAUCAGUUCCUACAACCCACAGGACAGAGAAUGCAACAAUAUGGAAAUCCAAGUGGACAUUGAAGCCAAACCAAGCCACUAUCAGCUGGUGAGUGGAAGCAGCACGGAGGACUCACUCCAUGUUCACUCACAGAUGGUGGAGAAUGAAGAAGAAGGUGGUGGUGGCGGUGGCAGCAAUGAAGAGGAUCCCCCCUGCAAACACCAAAGCUGUGAACAGAAAGACUGCCAGGCCAGCAGACCUUGGGACAUCAGCCUGGCCCAGCCCGAGAGCAUCCGCAGUGACCUGGAGAGCUCUGAUACGCAGUCCGACGAUGUGCCAGACAUCACCUCGGAUGAGUGUGGCUCCCCUCACUCCCAAGCCGCAGCCUGCCCCUCAACACCCAGAGCCCCAGGUGCACCGAGCCCAAGUGCCCAUAUGAACCUCUCUGCCCCAGCUGAGGGGACGACUGUCUUGAAGCCGGAAGAUGCAGAAGCCAGAGUAUGAAGUGGAAUAAAUGCUCCUGUUCUGAGAAGCACACUUGUAACUGCAUCUUUUGGAAUCUUUUUUUGGGGGGGGCAGGGAUUUACAUAUUGUAUUUCAAAGAUUUUCUGGUCACAGGUUUUCCCCAGGGAAAUUCUGAGAAAUUUGCAAUUUCUUAACAGAGGAAACAUGGAAACUUUGCCCUUGGUUCCACCCCCCAUCCCCUUUGCCCCCCCCCUUUUUUAGUUUUAAUUUAUUGGUUAAACUGAUGGUGGCAAUCUGUGAGGUGUGUCAAAGAGUGUACAGAUGUAUGUGUGUAUAUUGUAUGUAUGCUAACAUAUUACUGCAGGACACAUUUUAAUAAAGAUUUCUGUCGUAAUUCAA